AUGUCGGGUCUCGGGAUCUCUCUCGACGGUCUCCCGGACAUUGUGCAGGAGUUGCAGCUGGCCGUUCGCUUCGAGGAGGAGGACCAGCACGAUUUAACGAUUCACCCGCCGUCCUCGCACCGUCAUCCGACACUAGAAAAAUGGACCUGGAAGCGAAUUUUGGGACAAGGGGACCGUAGUGAGGUCAUUUUGCAGGAGAGAAUCACCGCCCAGACCGACCAGCCGAAGCUCCGUGUCGUCAAGAGCAUCCGCCUACCAGACGACCCCAACGAAUCCAACGCACAUGUUUAUCAGCACAUCGAGCUGGUGUCCAAAUUCUCACAACCCGAGUACGCGGGCCAGUUCGCCACAUGCCUUGGCUGGUAUACAGGCAUUGGUACGGUGCACAUUGCCACAGAAUACUGCGAGCUCGGAGACCUCGACAGAUACCUCCCGAAAUUAGGCGGCAGGCUCUUCGAGACCGAUAUUUACGACGUCACCUGGCAGAUCCUAAAUGCUCUCCGCAGUCUGCACGAGCAGGGUUUCAGCCAUGGAGGCCUCAAACUUUCUAAUGUUCUUGUAAUGACUACCCAUCCAACUUGGUGGGUUAAACUCGCCGAUUUCGGCCUGAGCAAGCUGAAUGAGAGCUUGACGGGCAUGAUCACCGCCCGAGGGAUCCUGCAUGAGAUUGCGCCCGAGGUGCUUGGGUACAGUGGGAAUCCAAGCAACGUAGACCCAUUCCUUGUCGAUAUGUGGUCGUUGGGACAAAUAGCCUUCAGGAUAUCUGCAGGGCACCCCAUGUUCUCGUCUCACGAGAAUCUCUUCGCAUACUGCGAUGGGCAGACGCCAAUCCGGGAGUCGGUCUUACGGAGGCAUGCAGUGGAAGAGAAUUUUAUUCAGUUUAUCAAAGGUCUCGCCGAGCCACGGCCUGGGCUGAGGUUAUCCCUAAGGGAUGCAUUGGGAUUUUCGUGGACGAGGGUAUACCAACCUUACCAGACUCAGCCGAUAUUAUCGCAACCUCAGCCGAUCACACCCACAGCUCAACAGGUCGUAACAAACACCCCGCCAGUCGUAUCGAAGCCGGUAGUACCUCAGCUUCAACCAGUCGUAACCAAGACUCCGCCAGUUGCAUCAAGGCCGACCGUACCUCAGCUUCAACCGGUCGUGUCCCAGGUCCAGCCGGUCGUAUCACAACUAAACACGCCGAGGAGCGCACUACCCUCUCCUGCUGUUGCUAUUAACCACUUUGAAAACGUUGAAAUACCAUAUGCCAGCUCAGUCGAGGACAACAACGCCUCCAUCAGCAGUCGCGGCGACGCAGUCGACAAGCCCUUGCCGAUGAAACCGAUAAUUACGAGUCCGUCGGAUCUUCUACUUCCCCAUUACGAUCAGUCGAGAUCUCCAAAAUCUCCAGCCUCUUUUCAGAAGAGCCCAAAGAGCCCCAAAAAUCACGAGGAGGAGCACGAAGAUGAAACGAAUAAGACGGGUAAACGCAACUGGAAGUACUUUGCCAAGAUCGCCAAUGGCCUAACGCAGAGCACCACCUCUUCAACGUCAGGCAGCGAAGAGCAACCGCACACAAACCAGUCAUCGAGGAAAGGGGGGAGCCUGCCCAACUCACCCUCACUAAAGUCCCCUCCGCGGGUCCCUUCAGGCUGGGUCACCCACUUGGACGAGCCAACUCAGCAGUGGUACUUCGUCAAUCGAUUCACAAACAAUUCGCAGUGGGAGGUGCCAACUUCUGCUGCGAAGCCAGUUAAGCUUAAAGAGUCGCCUCGGCCUGAUACCCCAGCAUCAUCGAAAACCCGCAAGAGCUCCAAGGCUCCCAAUGCGCGGAUUGCCCGCUUCGAAGAAAACUAUCCCAGCUGGGCUAUAUAA